CAGUCGGCCGGGCCGUAGACGGGAGAGAGCCUCCCACUGGUCAACCUCUACAGAGCUUCUCCAGACCUUCGCCUCUUCACUCUUAGUCUCUAGCCCGAAAUCGUCCAGACUUAGGGAGUCUAGACCCCGCAUUGAGUCAACUCGACCUUUUCCAUGACCAAUUAUGUAAACUUGUUCUAUUACCCUUUGGCGCUCCGCUGACAAGGGUUGGAAGUUUUUGGGGGGAGACAUUCCCUCUGCUUCUCCCCACGAGUCACUACAUAGUACAUACUCCGUACACGCCGGAAUUCAACCCGCGCGUUUGAAUCUUCAAUAUCAGUCAAAAUAUGCCUCGUCAACGGACAGCUUGCUUUACUUGUGCGUCGAUUAAGACUGCCUGUAGCCGUGGGCACCCUUGUCGUCGAUGCGAGCGUCUAUCUUUGACAUGUUCCUAUGCGGUCAAAUGCCACCGUACGCGGGCAGAGACUGAUGCAGGUGAGGGUACAUCUCGAUGCAGAGUGACCCAUCGACGCUCCCGCAAUGGCUGCGUUAACUGUUUACAACGGCGAAAGAAAUGUGAUGAGGAAUUCCCUGUCUGCCGGGAGUGUCGCCGACUUGGACUCGAGAACUGUCAUCCGAGGAACAGUUCCCCGUCGAGCAGCACUUCCCCCAGGGACUGGCAGACGGCUUCAACACCAGGUUCAGAGGGCAGUCAGACUGUUGCCUCCAGUAUUCGCCUGGAUCAAAAUGAUAGCGCCUUAGAUUUCAACGUCAAUGAAUACCUAGCUCAUGUAGCCUCGAUGCCUGAGAGGAAUUUGGCAGGAAUCCCCCGUCGUGGCCAUCUGAAUGAGAGCAAUGCAUUGAAGUCCCGAAAGAAAAAUGGUUACAAUACCAACGUAGAACUAACAGUGAAUGGCAAUGUUCAUUUGGGAAACAUCAUUCACCUAGCGCCCGCAGGUAUGGCGGAUUUUGAACCGACAGAACAGCAUCUCCUACUCCAUUAUGUCCAACACGUUUCCCGCGCACUGGCAGUCGUCAAUGACGAUGAAAACCCAUUCCUCCAUGAGAUUCUACCCAUGGCAAUGGAGGUCAAGUCGGUUCGACAUGCGAUGCUCGCCUUGACUGCUUGCCACUUGUGCAAGGUCUAUCCAAAGUUUGAGGAUACCCUGAUCCGGCAACACAGCCUCGCAUUGCAGCACCUAAAACAGGACUUACAGUCGGAGACCAAGGCUGGGUUUACCCUGACUACAUCGCUCCUGUUAUGUUUAUUCGGGAUCUGCCAUGGAAACUCCCCAAAAUGGAUUCUUCACCUUUAUGGUGCGAAAGUACUGGUUGACUUGCAUUUGGCAGGUGGCCUUCCAAUAGCCCCGUCGAAGUUUGUCCUUGAUUUAUAUGAGUUCAUCUGUUGUAAGACCAGGAUUACCUGUGACAGAGUGCCGGUGGAGCGAAUUGGAUUCCCGUCAACGUUGCUAUCUACUGGGGACAGCCAGGUUCAUAUCCACCCGUUAUUCGGCCUUGCUGGGGAUCUAUAUCACAUCCUGAAUUUAAUCAGCCAGUUGGCUAUGGAUAAGAACAAGCAAACUCAGACCCCUGGGAACGAAGAUGAGUUUCUGCUGGAGGCUCGGAGAAUUGAAACGUCCCUUCAGGAAUGGAUUGUUCCAAUAGAAGUUGAUCACCACAAUACCCGUCUCGUUCGUGAUGCCGCUAUUGCAGCAGAAGCUAUCCGGUGGACGGCGCUUAUCCGGCUUCAUCAGGUAAUGGGUGGCACGUUUCGCGAUGAAUCGAAGCUACAGACCGCCGUGGAGAACAUCCUAAGCGCUGUCUCCUGCAUUAGUCCGGGGUCAUCUGUGGAUAGCCAACUGCUCCUACCCGUCUUUAUGGCCGGAAUCAGCGCCGUCAGGAAAUCGGCAAGACUGCAGUUAGAGUAUCGGCUGAGCCUCCUAGAGAGCACAAUUGGGAUGGGAAACAUUGCGGGAGCCCACCAGCUGCUGGAUCUGUUUUGGGAGCAUAAUCGCGAACGAGAUGUAGACUGGGAAGACUUGCUGAAACGGGAGCAUCCAUACGUGAUAUUCUAUUAACAGAGCUACGUUCGUGACGUUUUAUCUCAGGAAGAGUGUGUGCGGUACACAACGAUACCGGCCAGGAACAGCUCACUCCUUAUCGGAAAUUUUUUCGAGGAAAACAAGGAUGGUCCUACGGCUGAACUCCGAUACCCAUACCAACCGACAACAGACGGAUGGUUGCAACCCGGGUAC